AUGGCGGUUCAAGAAAUUGAAAUGCUCGGUCAAUCGAGUGGCUAUGGAAUUUUAGUAGGAGUCGGUGCACUCUUUGCAAUUGGUAUGAUAUUGACAACGAAGCUUUUACUGAAGUAUCUCCAUGAAGAUUCGACUUCAACAGAAGUAUUUAUGGUUGCUAACCGUAGUGUGAGUACACCUUUGGUAGCUAGUUCUGUUUACCUGAGCUGGACAUGGGCUACUGAGCUUUUGUGGGCAACAACUAUGGUCUAUAAUUAUGGUAUAAUGGCAUCUUAUUGGUAUUCUGCCGGGCUCUCUAUUCAAAUUUGCCUUAUGACAGUUUUAGGAGUUCAAGCAAAGAAGAAAAUACCCUCUAGUCAUACUUCGUUAGAAAUUGUGAGCAUAAGAUAUGGUAAGGCAUGCCAUCUACUCUAUAUGUUCCUUUCUUUGACGACGAACCUAAUCUCUUGUUCUACAAUGAUCCUUGGUGCAGCAGGAGCAAUUACUGCUAUUAGUGGUAAUCUUCACAUUGUCGCGAGCACAAUGUUGAUUCCAUUCGGGGUCCUAUUAUAUACGACUGUUGGCGGCUUGAAGGCUACUUUCUUGACUGAUUUUGUUCAUUCUUUGAUAUUGCUUAUUGUUUUGUGUUACAUAGACACUUCUGUUCUUACUUCAAAGGAGAUUGGAGGUUUAGACGGACUCUUUGACCUAAUUCUUAAGCAUGAUAAGGACAGAUACGUUGAAGGUAAUUACGAAGGAUCUUUUUUGACUGGAAAGUCACAAGGGGCAAUUUUCUUUGGUAUAAUCCUUACUAUCGGAAAUUUUGGAUUAACAGUGAUGGACUCGUCCUUCUGGCAAAAGAGUUUCAGUGCCGAUGUCAGAGCGACUUUGCCUGGCUAUCUUACAGCUGCUAUACUUAUAUUUGCAAAUUCCUGGGGAAUUGGGUCGAUUGUCGGAAUUUCAAGCAUUGUUUUAGAAUCUAGUCCAGUAUUUCCCACUUAUCCUAAAGCAAUGACUGCCGACGAAAUAGGAAGUGGGUUGGUUUUACCUUAUACUAUAAAAGCCUUACUAGGAAAAGGUGGGCUUGGUGCUUUAUUACUAAUCAUAUAUUUAGCAGUUACCUCCACUGUUAGUGCUCAAAUGAUAUCUGUUAGUAGUAUAAUGUCAUUUGAUAUUUAUAAAAAAUAUAUUAACAAGGAUGCGGAUAAUCACCAGAUGAUCAAGGUAUCACACAUAGGAGUCGUAUUUUUUGGACUCUUCUCGGCUGGAUUCUCUAUUAUGUUGCACUACGUGGGAGUAAACAUGACAUGGUUAGGUUACUUUUUAUCUAUGAUAAUUUGUCCAGGCGUCAUUCCUUUAGUAUUGACAAUUACUUGGGAUAGACAAACAAGGAUCGCAGCAUUUGUUUCUCCUAUCGUAGGAUUGGCUUCUGGGCUCGCAAUCUGGCUUGGAACGGCGUAUCAUUAUUAUGGAGUUGUGACAAUUACGUCUCUUGGAGAACAAUUACCUUGCAUGUUCGGUGCUAUAGCAGCUCUCUUUUUGCCCGGUAUAUUAAGCGUCUUCUUAAGUCUCACGAUCAAACGUUCUGUUUUUGACUGGAAUGAUUUACGGAAACCUGAUCUUAUCAUUCACGAUGAAGAAACUGAGGGCAAAGAGAGCGCUGACUCCUUCGAAGACAAGUCAAUUGAUGCCAUCAAAAAUGGGGUAGAGAAAGGCUACACUAGUGAUGUGAUAUCGACCGGUCUGGAAGAAGUAUUGGAGACUCCUGAGAAUAAAAAGAGAUUGUUAUCAGUCUAUCUGAAAAUUGCUUAUGGAGCUUUUUUCUUUGUUCUUUUGAUCACAUGGGUGCUAUGGCCGUUACCUUUAUAUAGAGAUUAUAUUUGGGGAAGAACUUAUUUCAAAGGAUACAUCGUUGUUUCGCUUAUUUGGGUGUACGCCGCACUAUUAGUGAUUGGUGUUUAUCCUUUGAUCCAUGGAAGAAGUUCGCAACUUAAAAUAUUAAAAGGAGUAUAUCAUGACUACAUCAAGAGAAAAAAAUGA